GACAACAACAUGAGUGAAUGUUCACAUACACAAACUGUAACACAACAAUAGAGAAGUGGAUUCAUGCAUUUCAUAUGAAGCUCAUGUAGGAUCAUGAGUCCUUAAAACCUCUAAAAUAUCCAUUACAUUUCUGUGAAAUGUAAUCGUUACUGUACAUUUCUGUGAAUAUUGAUCAGUGUUAUGUGACUGUAUAUAUAUUAUAUGACUUAGUUUUUAGUUUUCUGGGAACAUUAAUAGAAGUUUUUUAACUUCAGUCUGUAUAAACAUGAUAUUAAGAUGCUCAGACAAGAAAACUUAAGCUAAAUUUAUAAAUGUUUCGACUUCCUGGUCAGGGAGCUGUCAAUCCAAAUCUCACUAACCAAUGAGAGUAAAGUGGCCAUAAAUCCCGCCCACACGUGAGAUUUGUGCCCGAAAGGCGAACGAAAAAUUGCGAAGCGUAAACGAAAACUCGGAAAGCGCAAAUGAAAAAUCUAGCAGCGAAUUCAAAACUAUUAUUUGCAAAAACGAAACUUAGAAAAUUGUUAAGAAAUCAUGUCACAUUCUUGCAACUGAGUUUAUUGUUUUCAUUAGCAAAGUGUUUUUUUCUUUCUCAUUGUAUAUUUUUGUUCGUUUUUUAAAAGUUUGCGUUCAUUCUUAUUGGCACAAAAGGAAUCCCAUAGAGAUGUGUGUGAGAACAGUUCAGAUGUGGAAUGCAGAAUGAGGAGUUUCUGAACACGAGACAAGCCAUGAGCAGAAUACAGAUUAAACGAAACCGUUUCCCAUAUAUGGUAUAAGUUUAACGGAAGCGUUAUCCAAAUUGCUUUAAUUUCAAAUAAAUGCCAUUUGUUCAGAGCAGCGGUUUACGGGAUGUCCCAAAAACAUCCUCUGUGUAGAAGUACUGCGGCUGAAAUCAGAGCCACAUGAGUCAUUGUGCUGAAAUACUUGUGAUCUUGAAGCAGACUGAAGUGUUCGCUACUCUAACUUGUGACUUGUGGUUUUAUUUUGUGGCUUUAAACGUUUGGAGCCGGAUCAUGGGUGCUGUUGGUGUUGUGCUGCUGGUUGGGACCUUCACAGCUGCCUGUAAAGCUGAUGAUCUCUUCAAUAUAACCUGUAGAAAUGUGACUGGACGUGUGGGAAAAGAAUCGACUCUUAACUGUGAAGUCUCUUAUCCCGACAAAACAUGCUGCAUGAUGAUGUUCGAGUAUAUGAACACACCAGACACAACUAUCUAUAGAGAGGAGUUUAGAAAGGAUCCCUGUCUACAGUUUACCAGCUUUCCAUGUCCUUACACUGCCAAUGAAGUCAUGACAACAACAUUCAAGUUCAUUUUGCAAACCAGAUGUGAAAACAAAACGGCAGAAUUCACUGUAAACAUAGCAGAAGCUGUUAAAGAAGAUGACGCAGGUGGUCCAAAGGGUGAUCCUACAAAGGAAACUCCUGUCCAAACAGAUGAAACAUGGAUUGUUGUCAUCAUUGCCGCCAUAAUCUGUUGCGUCGUCUUUGUCGUGGGAUUCCUUCUCAUGAAACCACAAUGCAAGAACACUUGUGGAUUCCGAUGUGUGUGUGACAAGAACAUCAGUAACAGAAACAGUGUGACAGCAGCAGAACAUCAAUCUACAGUAUUCAUGUUUUAAGCGAAGCUCAUAUAUAUACAUUUCAUUUUUAUUAAAAAGAUUACCCAUAAAUCCAAUAAUACAACAAGUUUUGCACAAAAACGCUGUGUCAACGUCUGUUUUUGCUGCUGCAUGCUCAGAUGCAUUUUUAUGUUUGUUGAAAAUGUAGAUGUUUGGUUUGAAACCCAGGACCACUAGAUGGCGCACUUGCGACGCAAUGCAUUGAAAACCUACUCCUGUUCUCAUGCGUCAGAUGUUUCAGUUGUGUGUUGUGAUACUAAUGUGUUUUUUAAACUUUCCUAAACUGCAUUUUAUUGACUCAAGUUUAUAUUUUCUAAUGAAAUUUAUAAAGAUUUGUCAGACAAAGAUUGAUUUACUGUAUAAACCCAGCAAACACAUUACAGUAGGCUAGUGCUGUAGUGACAUUCAGAAACAAAAAAGAUUUCCCUGCUUGAAAACAACCCAAUAGAACCCAGCUCAAAGACAAUAGUAAAUGGUAACAGAUUUAAUGGUUAUGAUGGGAAUUAAAUUGGAUUCUAUUUGUGGGAUGUUAUCUGGCAGCUGGGAACCAAUAAAACACUAUUAAGUCCUAUAUAGCUUAAUGCCCAAAACACACUACAAAAAGAAACUUUUGUAAUGGGUUUAAUGGAAAAAAGCUAAUGGUUCAUCAUUUUAAUGAAAACCAUUAAAAUGUCUGAGAUGCUUUCUAUUGUUUUUAUAGGUUUCCUAAAAUACAAAAUAAUAACAACUGACGCCAUCUGGAACAUCAGUGAAUGUUUUCACUCAUGUUUGUAGCUAAUAUUUGUAUCUCCACGUGCAUGUAAACUUGAACUGGGUUCAUUUAGAUGUGUUCUGCUGCUGUGGGACAGAGAUA